AUGAGCAGCUCGCUCGACGAAUCUGGACCGUCUGCGGUCGAGUAUAGCUAUGAAUCUGGCUCUGUCGCUGCUUCUCACGCGCAAUACUACGUCGACUAUGCGCAGCACGCCGUCCACCAUGCUCCUAUGGCCCAACCGCCUCCUCCAGCACACCAGCAGCCACAGAUUCAGCUUCUAGACGAUCCCCAUCAGUCUCAUUCUGGCCCAGGAUCACUCUAUCGCCGGGCGUCGUUUCCAUUCGUGCACCACGACCAUCCCAUGGCGCACUAUCCAAAGUAUCCUCCCGUGCCCCCGCUGCCUCAAGAGCAUCCUGUCGCAGGCUCUCAUCAUGCGCUUCACGUCCAGGACGCGCAUCCAUACGAGUACGAUGACGGCGUCAAGCUCGAGCACGCCACGGGCAUGAUCGUCCCGACCCAGGUGCCCCCGACAGCCGCCCACCAUCCGCAGGGCUUCUAUCGACCUUCGUCCUCUUCCUCAUCCGUCUCCAGUGUGUCUGCAACGCCCAGUUAUCUCACCCCUGCAAUGAGCAACAUUCCUGUCAUGCACACCGACGAUGCAGCCUCAAAGGAGACGCAGUAUCUCCGCAGAAAGUGCUUCAACUGUGGCACCACAGAACCUCCUAGCUGGCGUCGUUCCACGCUCAAUCCCGGCAAAAUUGUAUGCAACAAGUGCGGCCUAUACGAACGCACCCACAACAAGCCGAGACCACACCAGUUUGGACUACGUCCGGGGAACAAGGCUCGCAAGCAGUCGUUGCCCACCUACACUCGCGUCUCCCCGUCGUCUAGUCCCAAGCGUCAUGGCCUGUCGGUAAAGAAGGAACCGUUGGAUUAUGGUCAAGCCAUGCGGCGAGGUUCGAUCGCAUCGAUAAACUCGGGCAGCGGUACAUCCGACUGGGACGACCAUUCUGGGUAUUCGACCGCGUCGUCUGCCUAUCCUUCUUCUUUGGGCAUGGCACCUCCGCCGCCGCAACCGCCCACUCAACCCUCGUACCACGUCCCGAAUCAUCACGGACACCACCCAUACAACAACGCGCUAUCAAUGCAUACUUCUCGGGGUACCAGCAGCGCCAUCCGACUUCCGCAGGCACCGCCGAUGAAAAUCCCAACCAAAGCCGCUGGCUCUCCCUCCCCGGUUUCGGGGCCAGUCGUCACGUCCUCGACGACUGCAGGUUCAGGCAGCCAUGUUAGCUCACCGGAGGGACUCGUGCCUCCAGCCCCGCAAGGCCAUUCACCGACCUAUGGCACCCCCUCAUCUGCAUCUUCGUCUUCUGCGCGCCUUUCGGCUGUCUACGGUGGAAACUUGCGGGGCCCGCCGCCGCCUGCUUCUGCUGCUGCUGCUGCACAGAUGAUGCCCUCGCAGGAUUAUUACGCCAGACGAGGAAGCACGAGUCAGAUUCCGCACCAUCAUGUGAACCAGUACCAGCAAGAGAUUAUGCGACGCGGUUCUGUGGGUGCCAUCGGCAUGCAUUCUCCGACUUCGUAUCAUGCCGUAGGUCUACAACAUCGGGUCCCGCCGAUACCAGUAUGGGCGCAGCACCAGUCCGGUUCUGGCUCACCGUCGAGUACAGUCGGGCCCAUGAUUCCAGCGUCGAUAGCAGAGAUGAGCCCCUUGCCCACUCCGACGCCACCCCUGAUGAUGCCCACUGGCAACGCCAGCGCGUCCUCGACUCCGAGGAGAGAGUAUGUGUCCGGAGAGUUGACACCCUCACCACCAAAUCAUCACUUGCAUCCAGCCUAUUUGCCUCAACCGCACUCUCAAAGCGCGUCGCCGACAAACGCGACCCCAUUGGGAUCUGUGCCCCAGCCUGAACUUGCAACCUUGGCUGUAUAA